UUUUUUUCUUUGAUCUCUCUCUGCCUUUAACGUUUUCUUUGAAAACUAUAAGAAAAAGCAGAGACUUCGGAUCCCUUUUUUUGUAAUAAGAGAGAGGUUCGUUGGUGGACCACUCCUUUUGCCUCGUUGAGAUCGGCGGCGGAGUUACACGACGGCGAUUCAGUCGGUGAAAUCAUGCAAAGGUAGUCACCGGCGAUACCCGUCUUUCUUCCCGGAGACGACGAGCGUCGGAAGAAUCCGAAAGGAAUCAGCUAUGGUUAUAUCUGUUUCUUCGUUUACUCUCUCCGAUCUUGUCUCUCGGAUCCGGUGAAGAAGAAGCUCCCCCGCCGAUCGAAUCUUGUAGCUCGUCUUUGGUCCAGAGAUUUUCAGUUUUUGUCGUUUGAUCCGUCGAUUUCAUCGAGUUUUGGUAUGCUGGAAAAGAGAUGUCUUUGAAAAGCAUCCUUCGUGAUCUGAAGGAAGUAAGGGAUGGACUUGGAGGGAUCUCGAAGCGAAGCUGGUCAAAGUCGUCUCACAUUGCUCCUGAUCAAACGACUCCACCACCGGAAAACAUCCCUCAGAGCCCGUGGGCUUCUUUGCCGCCUGAGUUGCUUCAUGACAUAAUCCGGAGAGUUGAAGAGAGUGAGACCGCUUGGCCAGCUCGAGCAGCCGUUGUCUCUUGUGCUUCUGUCUGUAAAUCAUGGAGAGGAAUCACAAUGGAGAUUGUGAGAGUCCCUGAGCACUGUGGGAAGCUCACUUUUCCAAUCUCAUUGAAACAGCCAGGGCCGCGAGACUCUCCUAUUCAAUGCUUUAUCAAGAGGAACAGAGCAACAGGGACAUAUCUUCUCUACUAUGGCUUGAUGCCUUCUGAGACGGAGAACGAUAAACUGUUGUUAGCAGCAAGAAGGGUUAGAAGAGCGACGUGCACGGAUUUUAUAAUCUCACUGUCUGUGAAAAACUUCUCUCGGAGAAGCAGCACUUACGUUGGCAAACUAAGGUCUGGUUUUCUGGGAACCAAUUUCACAAUAUAUGACAACCAGACAGCAUCAUCCACAGCACAAGCGCAACCUAACCGAAGACUUCACUCCAAGCAAGCAUCCCCUAAGUUACCUGCUACAAGUUAUACCGCAGGAAACAUAACCUACGAGCUCAAUGUUCUUCGCACAAGAGGACCUAGAAGAAUGCAUUGCGUUAUGGAAUCUAUACUCCUCUCUUCUGUUCUUGCUGCACCAUUAGUAGUUAAAGGCAGUAAAGAGGAAGUCUCACCUUCGCCAAAAGGAGAAGCCAGCUCAACAGACAGGGAAAUCACUGAUGUUUCUCCAAGCUUGAUGGACCAGCCGCUGGUUCUGAAAAACAAAUCUCCAAGAUGGCACGAGCAAUUGCAGUGCUGGUGCCUUAACUUCAAGGGGAGAGUAACCGUUGCUUCGGUUAAGAAUUUCCAGCUUGUGGCAGACAUUGACCCUUCUCUAAAUGCGCCGCCUGAAGAACAUGACAGAGUCAUCUUACAGUUUGGAAAAAUCGGCAAGGAUAUUUUCACCAUGGAUUAUCGCUAUCCUCUCUCUGCUUUUCAAGCCUUUGCUAUAUGCAUCAGCAGCUUUGACACCAAACCGGCGUGUGAAGGGUAAAGUAAAUUCACGAGUAAAAUUCAUUUCUGCGCAAGUCAUCAUAGAAGGCUUUUCUGAUCUUCAGAUUUUGAUAUAUCAUCAAGCCAUGAGAAGCUCUCUUUGUAUGUAGAUUGUUGUAGCUCUUUGCACUAUGCUUUAAAACCGCCUCUCCUAAUUCACUGUGACCAAAAAAAUUUGAUUGGGCUCUUGGUGGAUAAGUUUAAUGAAGUUAUGAUUGUUAUAUC